UGCGCGCGCGCCCAACACAGGCUACCAUUGUUAACUGAGCGCGGACCCUUCUUCUCGAUAACUGUACAGCGCGAAUACAUUAAAAACCACCGCAAUAUUAUGUUCACGGGUCCAAGGACCUAACCUAGUCUACGCAAAUAUAAGCGACCGUGCGAUCCGUCACCGUACGUAAUAAUUCGUCUACGCACGUAAGAGGUCGGCCGUCAUUGUUAACGCGAAAUCCACGGCAUUCCGUAACACCGCGGUCGUCGUCGUCGUCGUCGUUCGAACGGGGUUCAGCCGGUCACCGGUGCUACAACAGCAUUAAUAUUAUUAUAUUAUUAUCGCGUUCGUGUCUGCCCAUCUACCCGUCGUCGCCGUCACGUUCGGGAACUGCAUCGGCGGCCGCGAUUAAACACGACCGUAGACGGGGUGUUUAAAGGUCCUCGUCAUAAUAUUAUAAUACCUAUGCGCUUAGUUACUCGCUUAUUCACGUGCCAUCGCGAGUGUUCAAUAUAGCGUUAUACGCGACGAGCGCUGCCGCGAAAAAAAAAAAAAAAUAUGCCACUUGACGCCGUCGUCUCGGCGUUCUUCGUCGUUUCCGCCGCGGCCGUCGUCACCGUCAACUGCGCACGGAUGUCCUACGGCAACGACGGGGCCCUGUACCUGACGCCCAUGCUGCGCGAGGGUCGCGUGGACGAGGCCCGGGCGGCGUGCGUGGUCAACAUACCCAACGACACGAUGGCGGUGAAGAGCUGCGCCGGUUUCCUGACCGUGGACGCCGAGCGCGGUUCCAACAUGUUCUUCUGGUUCUUUCCGGCUAAGAAUAACACGGCUGACGCGCCCGUCCUGUUAUGGCUGCAGGGCGGCCCGGGCGCGUCCUCCCUCUACUCGGUGUUCAACGAACACGGGCCGUUCAGAGUGACCAGAACCGGCCGACUCGAGCCGUGGCAGUACACGUGGACAUCCACCCACUCGGUGUUAUACGUGGACAACCCGGUGGGCGCGGGUUAUAGCUUUACGAUGGACAAGGACGGGUACAGCGAUAAUCAGACGGCCGUCGGUCGCAACCUGUACGCCGCCGUCGUCCAAUUCUUCGAGCUAUACGCAGAGUACCGAAACAACGAGUUCUACGUCGCCGGCGAGUCGUACGCCGGCAAGUAUGUGCCGGCCGUGUCCUACGCCAUCCACACCAACAACCCCGGGGCAUCGGUCAAGAUCAACUUCAAGGGACUAGCCAUUGGAAACGGACUGAUCGACCCCACGAACCAGAUGGUAUACAGCGAGUUCUUGUACCAGCACGGACUGAUUGACGGUAUGAUGACUAUAUGAAUAUAAUAUUACUGCGGUACCGCAGGUAACCGCUGUCGUCGUAAUAAACAUGAAGUAUUAUGUUAAUUUAUAAUAUUAUUGCGAUGCGCCAUUUCUUUACAGAGUGCCAUUUCGACAACAACAGUAUGUCAAAGUAACGUUGUACAUUGUGUUACGGUAUUAUUUCGUAAUCGUUUUCAGAGGGCGGUAAACAGCGAUUCGAAGACCUGGAGAACGCGGCCCGGAGUCGGAUCGCCGCCGGCAACUUCACCGGUGCGUAUCACGCGAUGGUCGAUAUGAUGAUCACCCAGCCGUCGUUGUACAGCGAACUGACGGGCUUGCCGAACAUCUACAACAUGGUGUGGAACAACAACCCGAUCCCGUUCGAGGGGGCCCAGUGGGACAAGUACGUGCAAUCGUGGCCGAUCCGUGGGGCACUGCACGUGGGCCAGCGUGUUUGGUCGGUCGUAGACGUGGUAUACGAGAAGCUCAUGUACGACAUACCGCGGUCGGUGAGCCCUUGGUUGGCCGCCCUGCUAGACGCCGGCCAAUACCGCGUGCUGCUUUAUUCGGGUCAGCUGGACGUGAUUGUGCCCUACCGCGGCACGGUGAACGUGGCCAGGUCGCUCCAGUGGUCGGGCGCCGAGAGUUUCCGGAACGCGACGCGCACCAUUUGGCGCGUACCCACGACGAAGAGCGGCGGCACACAUGUGGCCGGUUACGCGACCACGUACGGACCGCUCACCGUGUUGCUGGUCAGGAACGCCGGCCACAUGGUGCCGUACGACCAACCGGCUUGGGCUCACGAUCUAAUCAAACGAUUCACGUCCGACAUACCGUUUCAUUUGUUAUAAUAUUAUAUCAAAUAUAUUAUUUGAACGUUCGGACCGUCGUGUAUCUUUGAAUAUAUUUUUAAACGCGUAGCGUUAUCCGGAAUGGCACCACACGGAACGGCAGUACACGAAACGACAAAUCCAACACAAACGUAAAAUGCAAAAUCUGGACCGGUAAAAUUCGGAACAAUUUUAAUUAUUUAAUUUUAACAGGCACAAUAUGAAACGGUGAAAUUUAGAACGGAUUUUCAACGAGGGAAACUCAGUUAUGCCUUGUGCGUUUAAAAGUGUCAUAUUAUUCCGAAAUUCUUAUCUUCGUUUCAUAAUCGAAAUACCCGCACGAUUCUUGAUUCGAGUUAAGUAUACAUUCUAAAUUAGUCGUUUUGGGUGAGAAGGAGAAUGAACUUUUGAGUAGUGCCCUCACGUUCGGGACGAUAAUCGGGAAGCAUUUUAGAAAAAAUGUCGCUUGCAUAGGACAAAAAGAGUCGUUCCAUGUAAUAUUGUCGUUUUGUUUUAUUUUUCGAUCCAGUUUUUGCCAUGCCGGAAUUUCAGCCGUUACAUGUUAAAUCUGUUAGAAUUUCAAAAAUGUUUUUUUGAAGUUUUUCUGGAUUUUGCCGUUACGUGUGUUGCCGUUCCAGAUAUACCUAUGCAAUAAAAUGUAUUAAAUAUAUUGACGUGGCUAUGUGUAUUCCGUAAGAGAUUUUAAACUUCAUUUUUUUUUUUUGGUUCCAUCGCAAAGCUUUUGUUUCGAAAAUUGUAUAUAUUUAUUUAAUAAUUGAAACCGUGCUCGUAUAUUCAUGUACAGAUACCUAAGUCGCGUUUUCCAGAGACCAAUUAUUUAUUGAACUAAACGAUCGGGUAUACCCAUAGAUAACAUAAGAAUGGAUAGGCCACUCCUAUGUUAAUAUAAUAAGGGGCCGCGUUCCGAAGCGUAAAGGAGAGGCAGACUACUUAUACCGCUUUCACUAACACACCAAGGGGUUUUAUCAUUAAUUAUAUUUCACAAUGAUAACAACCCAAUCAACGUAUUUGUAUUUGAAUUUUGAUUAUCAAAACAAUUUCAAGUAGGCAUUUCAAUAAAAUUCGAUAUUAUUAUUAUCAAAUAUUUUUCAUGAAAUUAGAAAGUCUAAAGACGAUAUAAAGGAAAAUCGUAUCAGGGCUAAAUUAACGAACUUAUCCAUUUCAGACCAUAGACAUGUUCUUAACAUUUCUAUGUUUCAGACAUAAAUAAAUUCAAUUGAGUACCUAAUAUUAUAUUAACAAAUCUUCAUAAACCAGCGUUGUGAUUUUUUUAUAUAUAUAUUUUUUUUCUAAUAAGGUAUUAUGUAGAUAGGUUUAUAAUUAUUAAUUAUUAUAAUGGAAUUUGAAUGUUUUUGUUAAAUUAUUAAUACAUAAUAAAUAAUGAUUAUACAUGAUUAUAAAACACUAAUUAAGUUUAAAUAGUUAAAUUCAUAUAAAAGUAAAAUGAGUUAUGGACUAUUGAUUAUUUUUGAUUAUGUUUACAACUUUAUUGACAAAAUCCCUUGUAACUUCAAAUUAUAAAAAUGUUCUUUCCCCUGUGAUAAACUCUUAUGGCCUAUCCAUUCUUACAUUAUCUAUGGGUAUACCUACCUUAUACCAGUAACCUGUCUAUAAUACCUAUACCAGUGGUUCUUAAACUUUCGGUGCACACGGACCUUUGACAAAGGACUUUUAGAAAUCGCGGACCCCUAUCAAUAUAUUUUUUUUUCUUUUUUUUUUUUUACAAAAAAUAAUCAAUACUUACCGAUAGAACCGCCGCGAACCCCCGGGAGUUGCGGACCACAGCUUAAGAACCGCUGACUUAUACUUUAAUAAUGAAUUGUGUGAAAGUAAACGCGAUUUUUCAACACUACUUUUAAAAUGCUUUUUCCUUUUUUUUUUUUUUUAAUAUUUAUUUUAUUUUUGUGUACCAUAACAAUAUUAUUAUAAUAAUAUGAUGUCACU